AUGUGGCUUUGUAACACAAUCUAUGAAAUGGUGCUUGGGAUUGAACAGCUAUUUUACCAUGGUAUUGAGUUUGUAAUCAUACUUUGUUUCCUCUAAGUUCAAUACUUACAAAAAACAAGAGAAUAAUUGUGUAUUUUGGUUCCAAUAUUCCUCUUAAUGUUGAAUGUUGUAAUUAUUAUCUCUGCAGCGAAUUAGGAAAGACUUUUUCUAUUCAUAUUGCCGACUUAAAUAUAUGAUAGUUUAAAUAGGAAUGAAACUAAGAGAUAUUAUUUCAUCAUCUGCAAAGUAUUGCACUUUGUUUCUUUAUGCGUUUGGAAAGUCAUUCAAAAUUUAAAUAAUGGUGAGCCAAUUGUUAUUAUUUUUAUUCUAAUCUUAUUCUCUUUAGUCAGUCCAAAGGAGCAAGACAAAUAAUUAAAACGCAACGAUACUGACUUCGAGGACACAAUUCACAUAAGAACAAACUCCGAUUCUGAUCGUGUAUAGGAGAUGCAAAAUAAUUUGGUAGGCAUAAUCAAAUUAGAUUGGACAUACAACCUCAUCAUGUGCAAUUCACGAGCUCAAAAUUUACUAAAAAACAUAAAAAUUUAAAAUCUUUUAGAUAGUCUUGUUAUUUCAAUCGACAAAUAAACCAAGACAUUGUUGCAAGAUUAAUAUAAUUGCAAAUUCCCAUCGAUUCAAGAUUUGAAGGAGCUUCAAAAUGCUUAUACUUUAAAAGAACUCAUUGAAUAAAUCAAAUAAAAUCAAAAAUACCCAUAUGAAUUUGAAGUAUUCUGCUUAAAAGGAUAUAAUGAAUUUUAUUUGAAAGUUUUUAUAUUUGAUUCUAAAUCAUUCACAAUAGUGAUGCAAAAUAUGGAAGAGUACAAAUUAUAGAUUAAAAAAGUAUUUACUUAAACCACAAUGCAGCAGUUAUUCAAAAGCUUUAGUCACGAGUAUAAUACCUCAUUAAAUUACAUACUUGCUUUGGCUUAAGUGGCUGAAUGUCAUAAUCAAGUACCAAAAUAUAUUUAAGAACAAUUUUUUAAACCCAUCUUAGCAAAUGGAAAAGUUAUGCAUAGUAUGGUAUUGGAUAUGAUGGACUACAACAGCAUUUUAGGGAAAACAUUCAGUCUAGAAGUCUCACAUUUCAAUAUCUAGGAACUCAUUUUAGAAGUAAUCUCACUUUUCAAGGAUCAAAUCAAGAAAAAGAAUCUUGAAAUUGAAUUUGAAAGCAAUCUCUAAGUCACUGAUAUUUUAUCUGAUCGGAAUAGAAUCAAAUAAAUUUUGAUUAAUCUUGUAUCUAACGCAUAAAAAUUUACACUCCAUGGUAACAUAAGAUUGAGAGUGGAAUAUCAAAUUUUAAAUGCUAAGCACUAAGAAAUAAUCUUCCAUGUCUAAGACACAGGAAUAGGAAUGGCAAAAGAGGAAUAAGAAAGGUUGGUCCUACUGUUGUAAUCAGGAGUACCAUCUAUUUCAAAGAUCUCAAAAAAUACUGCCGGUUUUGGAUUGGGUCUAUUUAUUAGUAAUAAAAUUGCCGAAGCAUUAUCCUAAUAAAGAUAUGAAAAGGGGGGAGGUUUGAGAUUUGAAACUCAGACUGGUAAAGGGUUUCAUUGUUGGUUUUCCGUUUACCAUUAAAUUGUAAGUCCUUCUAUUAAACCAAAUAAUCCGAGAAGUCCUUUGGUGUUGUUGAAUAAAAAGGUGGUGAUUGACACCAGAUAGACCUAAGUCAAUGCUGGGGUGGAACAUCUAAGAAUGACUUAGAUGAGGUCGAAGUUCUCACAUCUGCUCAAUAAUAAGGUACCUUCAAUUGAGUAGAACUUAUUACGAGAAAGAAGGCCUCAUAAUAAACUGAAGCUUGUUUAGACAUUGAUUGAUGCUGUUUCUUAGGAUUCAGUCAAUAAGGAAUGUUCAAUUGAUGAAUUUUAGAGUAGGAUCAAGUACAUGAAAGGAUCUGGCCAAUAAAAGCAAGAGUUAUAGCAACAGCAAUGUUAAAUAAGAAUAAAUUAAUCCAAUUCAGAUUGCAGGUGUCCAUAGAUUUUGAUUGUGGAUGAUGAGUAAAUCAAUAUUAUGGCAUUGUCAAUUUUGUUGGAGCAAUUCAAUCUUACUUCCGAUCAGGUGUUUAAUGGGUAGGAAUGUGUAGAUUUGAUAUUUUCAAACUAAAAGAAAACAUAUUGUAGCAAGUGCAGUGACAAGUAGUACCAACUUAUUUUUAUGGAUAUUAACAUGCCUCUUUUGGAUGGGUGGGAGGCGUCGAGACAAAUAAAAAAGAAAUGUUCAAUAUCCAUAAUUGCUUGUACUGCGUUUACUGACAAUGAAACAAAGGAACAGUGUUAUUAAAAUGGAAUCGAUUAUUACAUCUCUAAACCAGUUAAGAAGGACUCUUUAGCGUAAGUGCUUCAAUAUUACGAUAUUCUUUGA